CCCUCUGCCACAUGACACUGUUUCUUCUUUGCAUUCCUAUUUCUCCUUCUCUCGCUAAUUGCAAAUACAAUAAAAAAUACUACAAUUCUUAUAGAAUUUAAUUUAUUUCUUCCAUUAAAUGCAUCCGGAUUCAUCUAGAAAACUAGCACUGAAAGCUGUGGUUAAUCAAACUUUUUGUCAAGUUUGUGGUCAGGAAUCUCAUGGUGCUCAUUUUGGAGCAAUAACUUGCAGAGCAUGUGCCGCGUUUUUCAGACGAGUAGCAGCAGGCGCAAAUUUUGAAGUGAAAUGCAAGGAUGGAAGAGGAAGAUGCAAAAUUUUGACGAAUGGAAGGUCAUGUUGUAAGAAAUGCCGUUUGAAAAAGUGCAAGGAUAUUGGAAUGGAUAUUCAAAAUUUCCAAUUCAACCGCGACUCAUUUGCCACCUCUACAAAAGUGGCACCAUCAUUAUCCACAUUCCUUGGAAGACCUGAAUUCCUGUUGUCAUGCAGUCCAGGUACUUCUGCUUCAACUUCACAGAACAAAUUCAUCGAUUUAAGUCCUUUUAUCAAAAACUGCAAACAAGUUUUAAUGGACGAUAGGAAGAUCCCGUUAGCUCCUGGAAAAACUCGAUUGCAAAAACUAUCCAGUUCGCUAGAUUUUGAAAUUUCCGCGAAUAACAAGAAAAAGAAAACGGAUUUACGAAAAGUCUCCACGCUGGGUUUUAGUGAAGCCAUACAAAUAUUUGAAAAUGAGCUGCUUAUGACUUCUAAGUGGCUUGCGCAUUUUGAGGAAUUUCACGAUCUUGGAAACGAUUUCAAGUUCAAAUUUUUGGAAUGCACAUGGAACAUUUGGAAUCGGUUGGAGCGAGUUGCACGGACUGCUGCGCUUUUGAGAGAUCAAAAAAUUUCGAAUGGAAAAGGAAAUGAAAUAAUUCUCGCACGGAAUUGCGUUAUCGAUUUGAGAACUGUGAAGUUUGAAGUAGAGUGGUUCACAAAUUAUUCGCUUAGUGAAAUUUCAUACUUCAUCGAAGGAGUCGGCGAUUGGUCGAUGAACAAACCCCUGCAAGCAAUCAUCGACUUCAACCCCACUGAAAUUGAGCUGAACUUUAUGUUGGCUCAAAUUUCUUUAACAUGCGCAUCCAAACAAAUGGACAGCCAAUACCAGGAAACCAUUGACAAUCUGCAAAAACUUAUUGCUGAUGAUCUACACAGCUACUACAUCAAAGAAAUGAGACUACCAGUUUAUUCAAGUCGAAUUCAAAAAAUGAUGAAAGUGAAUAAUAUGGUGCUGAGGGUGAUGUGGGAACGGAAAGAAAAGCUGUCAAUUGCGAGGAUGUUCAAUAUUUUUAAUCCGAAUUUUUCACAUCCUGAAUUGGUUAAAGAUGUCUUCUAGGCAGCUUUUAUUUUGAAAUUCAAUUUGGUAUUCUAAUAUUUAUUUAAAAAAUGAAACAUAAAUAUCGGUUCGAAUA